ACACGAAAACACCCGAAGUAAAACGAAAGGUCGGUCCUGUAGGACUGCCGGAGGCGGCCACAGCGCCAUGUUGAACGGAAUCAUCACACUCUGUGGAGAUACUCUCGUCAAAGAGCAGUUGUAAACAAAGUGUUUUUCAUUUUCCAAAGGGGGCUCACCUGUCAAGAUCGCCCUGGCAAGAAGAGGCCAACUAGAUCCUCGGAAACCCCGGCCGGGGAGGGGGAACAGCCCCCCAACCGUCAGCAAUGAAGAUAAACCAAAAUAAGCACUAGCUGGCUAACUUUAGCCUGCUAUUCUAUAAAUAAGCUAGCUAUCCUGUUAGCUCAAGCUUUUCUAUCCGCUCAGACACCGGCAACCUGCUCCUAAAGGCCCGGUGUUGACGUAACUCGCCAGCAAUAUUUUUUUUACGUGCACAGUUUAGCCGCUAGAUAAUUUAUUAUUGUAAAUAUCUGUAAAACCGUGCGUUUGUUUUGUUUUUGUUUUUAUUUGCGAUGAGUUUGCCGCCGAAACCAGCCGCUGCCGUCGCCGCUGGAACUGGACCUGGAACCGGGCCGUCACCCUCGAGUCAGCUGCGGGCCACCCUGACCCCAGUGCCGCUACCGCCGGGGACACCGGUGGCUCAACAGCCGCCGACACAAGUUUUCCUUAAUAUCUCCUCUAGGUUCCCAAGAGUGCCCCUGGAAGAGCGAAUCUUCUCCACACAGCCCGUCACUGCUGUCUACAGUGUACAGAGACACCCUGGCCCCCCAUAUACAGCACAUGAAAUUAACAAGGGACACCCUAACCUAGCAGCCACACUGCCGGGUCACGCCUCCUCCCCUGGACUCUCUCAGGUAUCAGUUUCAACAGUAUCCACUGCGCAUCUGUAUGGUCACCCUAAAGGCUGGGAGGCAGGAGGAGGGUCUCCGUACACACCAGGGCAGAAUGCCGGCACGACCCCUCUGGUCUACUCUUCACCAACCCAGCCAAUGAACGCACAGCCUCAGAGCCGCCCGUUUGCCCCUGGGCCUCGUCCUACCCAUCACCAGGGAGGAUUCAGACCCAUUCAGUUUUUCCAGAGGACGCAGAUGCAAACGGUGCGGCCCACCAUUCCAAGCAACAACCCUCCCAUUCGGCCCACAUCUCAGACCCCCACAGCAGCGGUCUACCCCCCCAGUCAGCCCAUCAUGAUGACCAUGGCUCCCAUGCCCUUCCAUUCCCCACAGACAGCGCAGUACUACAUCCCUCAGUACCGUCACAGUGCUCCUCAGUAUGUGGGGCCUCCUCAACAGUACCCAGUCCAGCCCACUGGACCCAGUACCUUCUAUGCUGGACCCAGUCCAGGGGACUUCCCAGCACCUUAUGCAGGACCUCCCUACUAUCCUGGGCAGCCCAUCUACUCACCAUCUCCAUCCAUUAUAGUGCCUACACCACAACAACCUCCACCUGCUAAGAGGGAAAAGAAAACAAUCCGUAUCCGAGACCCCAACCAGGGUGGCAAGGAUGUGACAGAAGAGAUAUUAUCAGGGGUGGUCGGAAGUCGGAACCCAACCCCACCGGUGGGACGGCCCUCCUCCACUCCUACACCUCCACGAGUAAGACGGCUAAUCACAGAGACCAAAUCAAACACAAAAACCCAUAUGCGCACAUACAGAUUUAAUGACAAGCCAAAACUAGAGUUUGCCUCGCAAAGAUCUGCAUCUCCAGGAUUGCGGCAGCCAGAGACUCCACUGGAAAGAAGAGAUCCUAGCAGCCCAGUCCAAGCGCCCUCUCCCCCACAGAAAACUGAGCUUCCCCCCUCCGGCCCAGAAUCGGCCUCAAGUGUAGCUACAGCCCCAACUCCUUCCAUACCUGCCUCAACCGUGGAGUCAGCUGACACCCCGAGCCCAUCAGCUGAGCCCGGCCCCACUAAAGCUAUCACACCAGAACCUGAAAGCUCUGAGCCGGAGAAAUCCUACUCAGAGCAGCUCUCACCUCAGAGCUUGUCUACGUCCCUGGCCCAGCCUGAAAAGGUCAUCAAUGGGCUGACGGACACCGAUGCUGCUCCCUUGAGUGAAGACUUGGAAUCCCAACCCAGGGAAGUCUCUCCGUUGCUGCCUACUUCCAGCGUGCCCCAGUGCCCCAGCUCGGAGCCCAGGCCCAUCACACCGGCGCUGGAGGCCGAGUCUGCGGCGGGAAAGGCGGAUACUCCCUCGCCUCCUGCUGAGGACAGCACUGGAUGUCCUGUCGCCCCAUCCCUCUCCACCUCCACUACUGCUGCUAUCUCCACCACACCUGCUCCUCCUCCAGGCCUCACACACCCAAGUCAGGUUUCUGCAGGAUCAGCCAAGAGGCCCUCUACAGGAGCAGAGCUCAAAGAAACAGGGAAGGAGACCGAGGCCUUGCCGGACGAGAGAGGCGAGCCCUUCUUGCAGUCCAGAAAAAGCUCAAGUCAAGCUACAUCUAGUGCACCAAAGACCUGGAAGAAGCCAAAAGAGGACAUGCCUGUAGAGCAAGAUCAGUGUCUAGAUAAAGAGGAGGACAUGGAUCAGCCCUCUAUGGAACCUGCUGCAGAGAGCCCCAGUCCUCCUCCUGUGGAGGUGGAGAGGAGGCCGUCAGCAGGAGCUGUGCUUGAGGAGAACGGAGAACAGGAAGUAGAGCCUCUGAGAAACGGGGCUGAACACGCCUCUGAAACUGAAAACAGUGACAGCAUCCACCCGCCUGCGGUCAAAGAGCCACUGAUCAAAGCAGUGCCACAGCCUGCAGAGAAGAAUGGAAAGAAGCAGUACGACAGAGACUUCCUGUUGGGCUUCCAGUUCAUGCCUGCAUGUGUGCAGAAACCAGAGGGGCUUCCUCCCAUUUCUGAUGUUGUUCUAGAUAAGAUUAACCAAAAUAAGCUGCCCAUGCGGCCGGUAGACCCACGAGUGAUUUCCAGAGGCCCAGACUUCACGCCAGCAUUUGCAGAUUUUGGCAGACAGAUUCCAGGAGGCAGGGGAGCACCGCUGCUGAAUGUUAGCCUGCGUCGACCACCUGGACGCAAGAUCAUCACAAACGUGUCGGUGAAUGAUGAGGUGCAGCUGAGGACAACAGAGAAUGCCUGGAAACCUGGAAUGAAGCGGGAAAAUGCCAUUGAAGAGCCAGAGACCCUGAAAUCUCAGGAGCUUUUCCGAAAAGUGCGUAGUAUUCUCAACAAAUUGACGCCACAGAUGUUCAGCCAGCUGAUGAAGCAGGUGACUGACCUCACCAUCGACACUGAGGAGCGGCUCAAGGGUGUCAUAGACCUGGUUUUUGAGAAAGCCAUUGAUGAACCCAGCUUCUCUGUGGCCUAUGGCAAUAUGUGCAGCUGUCUGGCCACGUUAAAAGUGCCCAUGAUGGAUAAGCCCAACAGCACUGUGAAUUUCCGGAAGCUGCUUCUGAAUCGCUGUCAGAAGGAGUUUGAGAAGGACAAGGUGGAUGAUGAUGUCUUCGAGAAGAAACACAGGGAGCUGGAGGCAGCUAAUUCAGCUAGCGAGCGGGAGAGGCUGCAGGAGGAACUGAACGAAGCGAAAGAUAAGGCCCGCAGACGUUCCAUCGGCAAUAUAAAGUUCAUCGGCGAGCUCUUCAAGCUGCGGAUGCUGACAGAGGCCAUCAUGCACGACUGUGUGGUGAAGUUGCUGAAAAACCACGAUGAAGAGUCAUUGGAGUGCUUGUGCAGGCUGCUCACAACUAUUGGCAAGGACCUGGACUUUGAGAAAGCUAAGCCACGGAUGGAUCAGUACUUUAACCAGAUGGAGAAGAUAGUAAAGGAGAAAAAGACUUCUUCACGCAUUCGGUUCAUGCUGCAGGACGUUACUGACCUGCGAUUGCACAAUUGGGUGUCUCGGAGAGCUGACCUGGGCCCCAAGACCAUUGAGCAGAUCCAUAAAGAGGCAAAGUUGGAGGAGCAGGAGGAAAAGAGGAAGGUCCACCAGCAACUCUUGUCCAAGGACAACAAGAGGAGACCAGUGGUGCAGAGAGAGGAGACCUGGAGCACUGUGCCUAUGACUAAGAACAGCAGAACAAUAGACCCCGCUAAGAUUCUCAAGAUCUCAAAGCCAACAAUAGAUGAGAAGAUUCAGCUGGGACCAAGAGCUCAGGUGAACUGGAUGAAGGGCAGCAGUGGAGGGGCUGGAGCCAAGGCCAGUGAGUCAGAUGUCUCUCGUCCCAGUGCCAGUUUGAACCGUUACUCACCCCUGCAACCCUCAGCGCCCCUGGCCUCCUCUUUACCCUCUACAUCCCCAGAUUUUGAUGCCAGGAGAGUUCUCAGCAGUCGAGGAAGCUCAGGACGAGAACGUAAUGACAAGCCAUUGAGUGCGGGUCCCGCUCGGACAGGACCCAUCUCAUUGGGUAGCAGCAAUAAGGAGGCUCCUGAGGAGUCGGUCCAGGAAGUGUCCCGUAGAGACUCGAAUGCCUCAGACACGCCCAAGCUGCCCGCCAGCACUGCAGACAAAAGCAGACUGGAGCGUAGCCAAUCCAGGGAGUCUGCUGUUAAACUUGAAGUACUGUCAGGACCCUCUCCAGACAAGCCUACAUUAACAGAAGAGGACAUGGAAAGGCGGUCCAAGUCCAUUAUCGAUGAGUUUUUGCACAUUAAUGAUUACAAGGAGGCAGUGCAGUGUGUGGAGGAACUAGAGCAACCUGCCAUGCUCUAUGUGUUUGUGCGGGUGGGUGUGGAGUCCACGCUGGAGAGGAGUCAGAUCACACGAGACCAUAUGGGUCAGCUGCUCUACCAGCUCCUGCAGGCUGGAAUCUUCCACAAACUUCAGUUCUUUAAAGGGUUCUCUGAAACUCUUGAAUUAGCAGAUGAUAUGGCCAUUGAUAUUCCCCAUAUAUGGCUGUACCUUGCGGAGCUGGUGACCCCUGUGCUUCGAGAGGGGGGAAUCUCUAUGAGAGAAUUAUUUAGUGAAUUUAGCAAACCAUUACUCCCUGUGGGAAGAGCUGGGAUAUUAUUUUCUGAAAUAUUGCACCUUCUAUGCAAACAAAUGAGCCAUAGGAAAGUAGGAUCAUUAUGGAGGGACUCUGGGUUGAGCUGGGCAGAUUUUAUACCUGAAACGGAGGAUGUGCACAGCUUCAUCACAGAACAUAAACUGGACUUCACACUUUCUGACGGCUCAAACCCGACCGAGGCUGUCUCUAAGAGAACACUCUCGCCUGAGGAACUGAACAAGCAACUUGAAAAACUACUACUUGAGGACAUGGCUGGUGAUGAACGAAUCUUUGACUGGGUUGAGGCCAAUCUAGAUGAAUCAGAAAUGAGUUCACCUCCUUUCCUCAGAGCUUUAAUGACUGCUGUGUGCAAGGCAGCAGUGAAAACCGAGGGCUCCUCAUACAAAGUGGACUUGUCCAUAAUCAAGAGGAGAUUGCCUGUAUUACACAAGUACCUUAACUCAGACACAGAGAGACAGUUGCAAGCACUUUAUGCACUUCAAGCAUUGAUAGUAAAACUGGACCAGCCUGCUAAUUUGCUCCGGAUGUUCUUUGACUGUUUGUAUGAUGAGGAUGUGAUAUCUGAAGACGCUUUCUAUAAGUGGGAGGUCAGUAAAGACCCCGCUGAACAGCAAGGCAAAGGUGUGGCCCUGAAGUCAGUCACCGCUUUCUUCACGUGGCUGCGCGAGGCAGAGGAGGAGUCCGAGGACAAUUGACGAGAGGACAAACGGACACAUUUGCCAACUAGUCGCUGAAACAAUAACUGCAUCAAAUUAAAAUGAAACAUAACAAGCAACACAUUAUGCAUCAGGAUGGCUGGAGUGCAGCAAGAUUGGAAUGGUACGGUUCACUGACAUGCAGCAACCCUAUGACAACUUGCAAUUGCUGGAGCACUAAAACAUUUAUUAUUUAUAAGUUUUUUUUUUGUUUUUUUUUUACUUUUUAAGAGGACUUUAAUAAUACA